AUGUAUGGCGGCUUUAUUACGCCGCCCGAUGACGCUGGCGCUCACUUUGGAGUCCUGUUCUGGCACAAAGAUGGCUUUUCUACUGCGUGCGGGCAUGGAACCAUAGCACUAGGGUACUGGGCUGUCGCUAAGAAAUUGGUUGAAGUGCCGGAAAAUGGGAACGUUGAUGUUGUAAUCGAUGUCCCGUCCGGUCGGGUAGUGGCUAAGAUGACUAUCGUGAACGGAAGACCAGUUUAUGGCGACUUUAUCAACGUCAAAAGCUAUCAGAUCGCCAAGGACCUUUCCGUUACAGUUCCUUCAAGGAAUAUCGAUGUGCAGGUCAACUUGGCUUUUGGAGGGGCUGUUUACGCUCACAUAAACGCUGCUCAAUUGGGCCUGUCUGUGUCACCGAGCCAGCACAUUGACUUCAUCAAAAUUGGGAGAGAGAUCAAAGCAGCGCUUGGUACAAGAGCACACUACGGGGACUACGACUUGUACGGUGUGAUGUUCUACAUCGAAGAAGGAUCUGGAGACUCUGGAGAGCUCCGACAAAGAAAUGUUACCGUUUUUGCAGAUGGCCAGAUUGACCGCUCGCCCUGUGGUUCUGGCACAGCUUCAAGAAUUGCGGUUCUUCUUGCAGAGGGGAGGCUGAGUGCCGGGAAUGGCAAACUUUUGCACCGGUCUAUAAUUGAUACGCUGUUCGAAGCAGAUAUCGUCUCCGAAGAAGCGAGUCCUGUGGAAUUCCCCGCUUGUAUACCGCGUGUUAGAGGGACAGCUAAUCUGGUUGGGCGGAUGAGCUUCUUCAUCGACCCUGAUGAUACCGUGUUCCCUGGUUUCCUGUUGCGGUAA